AUGUAUGGACCCAUCACUGCAGGCGAGCUUCAAGGCACGCUGAAUGUACUUCUAAAACAGGCUCAGAAGUGGUAUUUUCUGGAAGAAAUGCACCUGUUAGCUCGGGGUCAACAUAUCCGAACCAGCAGUAAGCUGAGGUCUCUGACCCCAUUCAUUGAUGCAGCUGGGAUCCUGCGAGUUGGUGGCCGGUUACAACAUACGCAUGCGAGUUUUGAUGAACGCCACCCCAUUAUACUCAAUGCCGAUGAUCAACUCACAAGGCUGCUAGUCGAUUACGAGCAUCGACGAUUGAUGCACGAUGGACCUCAACACCUAUUAGCUUCACUCCAGCGGCGAUAUUGGAUAUUCGGUUGA